AUGCUUGGUUCCACUUCUUACUAUUCAAAUCUUUUGCCUGGAUCUUUUAGAGCAACAACCAGAACAACAGCCAUUUUUACCAUUAUUGUAUGGCUGAAUCUCUUACUUGUUACUCAUGUAUCUACAGUUGAGGGAACUACAGUCGUGUGUGAUGGGGCUACAGCUGCAUCUACUGUAGGUGUGGAUAUACACCGCUGGGGCUUUCGUGGGGCUGGAUAUCAUAUGCAGUUUGAUGUGGAGUUUCCACUCGCUCUUGACACUGUGCGUAUCUCACUGGAUCUUCCACACUCCUUUUUCUUUGAUGCUGCUGAGGUUGAACAGCUGUAUAGUCUUUCCACACUUGAAGGUGAAGAGGAUAUCACAGCUCAGUAUACUCCACUACGUAUUAACUCAUCCUUUUUUUUUGAUAUUGAAGCUCCUGUUUUUCGCGUCCCAUAUAAAACAAAUAAAGUGAAUUUCACCUUUACACGAUUACCAUCUGCGAAAUAUCAAAAAGGGAAAGGAGUAUUAUUGCUUCCUAUACACGCACGAUAUGAAGAAGUUGAUACAGUGACACCGUUUUCUAUUCAAGCCUUCUUCAAUAGAGAAACAUUUGUAGAACGUUGUAUUCCUGCUGUUAUGAUGAGGGGAACAGUUCAUGGUGCCGGUUGCCAUGUGGAAUCUGUGAGGAUGGAAACCCACAGUAAUAAUAGUAAUGAUGAUAAUAAUAAUAAUAUGAUCCCUAAGCGUAACUGUCAGCAUAUUCCUGUUGGUAUAUUAUCUUCUUUGCCUUAUGUAUAUGCUACUCUUGGUAUACUGCAGUGCGUUGGUGCUCUUAUUGUUAUAGUCUCACUACUCUAG